AUGGCUCUCAACCACGCCUCGCACAACCCGACGGGCGAGAGGACUGGCCCUGCCACCGGUCCCCCUCCUCCCGUCUCGAGCGAAACCGCUGCCGCCGUCACCGAAUCGGCGAAGCAGGACCCUGUGGGACAGCAAGCGCCGGGCAAGGAUGGCGAGGUGAAGGAGGGCGAGAAGGCCAAGACUCCGAAACAGCUCGAGAAGGAGCGCCAAAAGGCCGAGAAGGCGAAGAAGUUCGCGGAGAAAGAGGCCAAGAAGCAGGCGCUGGCUGCUGCCACCACCAAGAACGCUACCAAGAAGAAGGUUGCCACCAAGGAAGAGACUAAGCCAUACGUUGAAGAGACUCCAAAGGGCGAGAAGAAGAUUCUCAAGUCCCUCGAUGACGAGUAUCACAAGGCCUACAUCCCCUCCGUCGUCGAGUCAGCAUGGUACGACUGGUGGGAGAAGCAGGGUUUCUUCGAGCCCGAGUUCGAUGCCGAUGGCAACGUGAAGCCCGCCGGUUACUUCGUCAUCUCCGAGCCCCCGCCCAACGUCACCGGUGCCCUCCACUGCGGCCACGCCCUGGCCAACGCCCUCCAGGACACCAUGAUCAGAUGGAACCGUAUGAAGGGUCUGACCACUCUCUACCUCCCCGGCUGCGAUCACGCCGGUAUUUCUACCCAGAGCGUCGUCGAGAAGAUGCUGUGGAGGAGAGAACAGAAGACCAGGCACGACCUCGGUCGCCAGGCGAUGGUCAAGAGGAUCUGGGAAUGGAAGGGCGACUACCACCAGCGCAUCAACAACGUCUUGAGGAGAAUGGGCGGCUCUUUCGAUUGGUCGAGGGAGGCUUUCACCAUGGACGAGAACCUGUCCAAGGCCGUCACCGAGACUUUCGUCAGACUGCAUGAGGAGGGCCUCAUCUACAGAUCUGACCGUCUCGUCAACUGGUGCACUACCCUCAGGACCGCUCUGUCGAACUUGGAGGUCGACAACAAGGACAUCGAGGGCCGCACUCUUCUCGACGUGCCCGGCUAUGAGCGCAAGGUUGAAUUUGGUGUCAUCACCCACUUCAAGUACCCCAUCGAGGGCACUGAGGAGACUAUCGAGGUCGCUACCACCCGUCCGGAGACCAUGCUCGGUGAUUCCGGUAUCGCCGUCCAUCCCGAUGACGAGCGCUACAAGCACCUUGUCGGCAAGAAGGCCAAGCACCCCUUCGUUGACCGCCUCAUGCCCAUCGUCGCUGAUACCUACGUCGAUCCCGAGUUCGGUACUGGUGCCGUCAAGAUCACCCCUGCCCACGAUCCUAACGAUUUUGCCCUUGGUCAGCGUCACAAGCUUGAGUUCAUCAACGUGCUUACCGAUGACGGUCUGCUGAACCAGAACGGUGGCCAAUUCGCUGGCCAGAAGCGUUUCGAUGUCCGUUACACCGUUGUUGACGAGCUGACCAAGCUUGGUCUCUUCGUCAAGAAGGAGAACAACCCCAUGAGGAUUCCCCUCUGCCAGAGGACCAAGGACGUCAUUGAGCCAAUCGUCAAGCCCCAGUGGUGGAUGCGCAUGAAGGGAUUGGCUGAGCCUGCCAUCCAGGCUGUCCGCAAUGGCGACAUCAAGAUCCGGCCUGCGACUGCUGAGGCCGACUACUUCAGGUGGCUCGAGAACAUCCAGGACUGGUGCUUGUCGAGACAGUUGUGGUGGGGUCACCAAGCUCCCGCCUAUUUCGUUGAGAUUGAGGGCGAGAAGAACAGUGACUCAGAUGACCAGUAUUGGAUCGUCGGCCGUAACGAUGAGGAGGCCCAGGAGAAGGCGGCGAAGAAGUUCCCUGGCAAGAAGUUCACCCUGAGGCGUGAUGAGGAUGUGCUGGACACAUGGUUCUCGUCUGGCCUGUGGCCCUUUUCCACCCUCGGCUGGCCCAACGAGACUCCCGACAUGGCCAAGCUGUACCCGACCAGCAUUCUCGAGACUGGUUGGGAUAUCCUGUUCUUCUGGGUUGCCCGUAUGAUCAUUUUCGGUCUGAAGCUCACCGGCGACGUUCCGUUUAGGGAGGUCUACUGCCACUCUCUCAUUCGUGACUCGGAGGGUCGCAAGAUGUCCAAGUCGCUUGGCAAUGUCAUUGACCCCGUGGACAUUAUGGAGGGCAUCCAGCUCACCCAGCUUCACGAGAAGCUGCUGGAGGGCAACCUUGACCCCAAGGAGCUCAAGACUGCUACCAAGUACCAGCAGACGUCUUUCCCUCAGGGCAUUCCGGAGUGCGGAGCCGACGCACUGCGCUUCUCUCUUGUGUCGUACACCACUGGUGGUGGUGACAUCAACUUCGACGUCAAGGUCAUGCACGCCUUCAGGCGUUUCUGCAACAAGGUCUACCAGGCGACCAAGUACGUGCUCGGCAAGAUCGAUGCUGAGUACGUGCCGCCGGCUACGGCCGAAAAGUCGGGCAAUGAAACCCUCGCGGAGCGUUGGAUCCUUCACAAGCUUAGCGUUGCCUCCAGAGACAUCAACAAGGCUUUGGAGGACCGUGAGUUUGCCAAGUCAACCCAGAUUGCCUACCACUACUUCCACGACGAUCUUUGCGACGUCUUCAUUGAAUACACCAAGCCCAUCAUCCAGGACGGUACGCCCGAGGCGCGUCGCUCUGCCGUCAACACGCUGUACACGGCGCUCGAGGGCGGCCUGACAAUGCUGCACCCGUACAUGCCUUUCCUCACCGAGGAGCUCUGGCAGCGCCUGGUGCGCCGCCCCGGCGACAAGACGGAGACCAUCAUGCGUGCGGCGUAUCCGCAGUACCGGUCGGACUGGGAAGACGCCACGUCCGAGGCCAGCUACGAGAUCAUCCUCGACGCCGCGGCCGCAGCCCGCAGCCUCGCGGCGCAGCACAGCCUCAAGGGCGCCAAGGCGGCCGUCAAGCUCGGCAAGUCUGACGACAGGGAAGCGGCUGGCAGCAUCGUCAGCGUGCAGUGGCUGUCGGGCAAGGCCAUUGGCGAGGUCAAGCUGCUGGCCGAGGGCGAGGCGGAGCCCGGAGAGGGCUGGGCGAGCAGCACGAGCGAGAAGGGUAGCAAGGUCUUCGUCGAGGUGCCGGCCAGGCCGCUGAGCGAGGAGAAGAAGGUGCAGGAUUUGGAGAAGAGCUUGAAGGAGACCAAGGUGUAG